AUGGAUACACCAAAAACGACGAUUCCCGAUCCACUUGUGGAGGAGGCUAUACCUGUUAUCAAAGCUUUGGAAAAGUUGGUUAAAAAUCGUAUCCUUAUUUUGAAUGCCAUUCCACGGGCAAUCAACUAUUGGCAGAAAACAUAUCAUGCUAAUCUUCAUGAAAAGAAGCAAAUAGAUCUAGAGGUAAACACCGUACUUUCUACACGGCUGGGCACGGGUAGUUUGUCAACAAGCUUGUAA